CUGACCGUCCCGUUAUUUCAACGACGAAAGCACGUAGGCAUGAUGAAGCUGGGUGGACAUUGAUAAUAAUGAUAUUCAGAAAUAUAUAGACGGUGAAUGCAUGGGAAGUCAUUAUUGACUCGCCAGGUUUACACAGGUUUACAGCAGACUGGCGCGUGCCCUGCAAACGUCAAAGACCGUGCGCAUGUCAAUGAGCGUGCUGCGUGCAGUAUCAAGAGGGGAUGUUGACGUUGACGUUUGGCUAACAUGAUGAUAGGUAGCGUUUCACACAUCAACUAGUUAGCUUGACUAAUCCUGCAUAUUUGUGAGUAUAGACGACAAAUUAUCAAAUUUCACCGUUAUCCUGCAUAGGCUAUUUAUAUGACGUUUCUAACAUCGCACUUAUUUGUCGCAGUGUUUAUCAUGGAACGUCCUCCAUUGCUUUCCAGUUAAAGUGCAACAUAAACGACGUGAUUAUAUUUACUUGUGUGCAUUGUCCAUCCUAACAAUGGGAUGCAUCAGGGUCUACCUGCAGAAGAUGAGGCACAGGAUGAAGCUGGACCUAUUGAGAGAACUGGGCCGCCAGUAUCCAGUCUUCUGCUUCCUUCUACUUGUCUUGCUCUUAUCCACUGUUUUGUUGAACAGAUAUCUGCACAUUAUUAUGGUUUUCUGGUCGUUCCUGGCUGGAGUUGUCACAUUCUACUGCUCUCUUGGCCCAGAGACUCUGUUGCCUAAUAUCUUACUGUCUAUAAAGCCAAAGACCAAGCAGGACCAACAAGAGUUGUUUCCCUUGGGUCACAGCUGUGCAGUCUGCGGGAAAAUAAAGUGUAAAAGGCACAGACCAACAUUACUAUUGGAGAACUAUCAACCAUGGCUGGACUUGAAAGUUCCCUCCAAAGUGGAUGCCUCUCUAUCAGAGGUUCUGGAACUGGUUCUUGAAAACUUUGUGUAUCCCUGGUAUAGGGAUAUCACAGAUGAUGAAGCGUUUGUGGAUGAACUGAGAGUGACUCUGCGUUUCUUUGCCGCUGUGCUCGUACGUCGAACUCAAAAGGUUGAUAUCCCAGGUCUUAUCACGGCCAAACUGCUGAAAGUUUCCAUGAAGCACAUUGAAAUAAUCACCAAAGCAAGGCAAAAAGUGAAGAACGCUGAGUAUCUGCAGCAAGCAGCACUGGAGGAGUACGGCCCUGACCUGCACGUGGCACUACGCAGUCGCAGAGACGAGCUCCUCUACCUCAGGAAGUUGACUGAGAUGCUCUUCCCCUAUAUUCUGCCCCCCAAAGCCUCUGACUGCAGAUCGCUUACUCUUCUAAUAAGAGAGGUGUUGGCUGGCUCUGUUUUCCUCCCUGCCUUGGACUACCUGGCUGAUCCUGACACCGUGAACCAUUUGCUUCUCAUAUUCAUCGACAACUCUCCUCCCGAGGCCGCCAUGGAGCCCAGCUCAACCUUGGUUCCCUUCCUGCACAAGUACUCUGAUGUUCGCAACAAGAAGCCCUCUGUGCUGAAGCUGGAGCUGAAGGAGAUCAGGGAGCAGCAGGACCUGCUCUUCCGCUUCAUGAACUUCCUCAAGCAGGAGGGGGCCGUGCACGUGCUCCAGUUCUGCCUCACUGUGGAGGAAUUCAACGACAAGAUCCUGUGUCCGGAGCUGUCUGACUCUGAGAUGCUGAUGCUCCACGAGGAGGUGAAGAAGAUCUACGAGACCUACUGCCUGGAUGAGAGCAUCGACAAGAUCCGCUUUGACCCCUUCAUUGUAGAGGAGAUCAAAAAUAUUGCUGAGGGCCCAUAUGCCGGGGUAGUGAAGCUGCAGACCAUGCGCUGCCUGUUCGAGGCCUACGAGCACGUCCUGUCCCUGCUGGAGAACGUCUUCACCCCCAUGUUCUGCCACAGCGACGAGUAUUUCAGGCAACUGUUGAGGGGGGCCGAAUCCCCUGCCAGGAACUCUAAACUGAGCAGAAAUAGCCUGAGUUUGGAUGACAUCCGGAACACCUCGAAGCGGGGCGAGUCGUUCGGAAUCAGCCGCAUCGGCAGCAAGAUCAAGGGGGUGUUCAAGAGCACCACAAUGGAGGGAGCCAUGCUGCCCUCUUACGGGUUGGUGGAGGGAGAGGAUGAUGUGGUGGAAGAGGCCAUGAUGGUUCUGGAGGAUGACUCUCCCAUGGAGGCCGUCAGUACCCCCAGCACCCCUCGCAAUCUCUCAGCCUGGACCAUCACCAUCCCCUACAUAGACUUCUACGAUGAUGACAUCAAGAGGGAGAGGAUCCCCGUGUUCUGUAUUGACGUGGAGCGCAACGAUAGGAAGGCAGUGGGUCAUGAGACCGAGCACUGGUCUGUAUACAGAAGAUAUCUGGAAUUUUAUGUCCUCGAAUCAAAACUCACUGAGUUUCAUGGCUCAUUCCCAGACGCCCAGCUGCCUUCCAAAAGAAUCAUCGGCCCCAAGAACUAUGAGUUCCUGACCUCCAAGCGGGAGGAGUUCCAGGAGUACCUUCAGAAACUGCUCCAACACCCUGAGCUGAGCAACAGUCAACUGCUAGCAGACUUCCUCUCCCCUCACAGUAUGGACUCUCAGUUUGUGGACAAGAUGCUCCCUGAUGUCAAUCUAGGGAAGAUCAUCAAAUCAGUGCCCAGCAAACUGAUAAAAGAAAAAGGGCAGCAUUUGGAGCCAUUCCUCAAUUCCUUCUUUGACUCCUGUGAAUCGCCCAAGCCCAAACCCAGCCGGCCAGAGCUGACCAUCCUCAGUCCCACGUCAGAGAAUGACAAGAAGCUCUUCAAUGAACUAUUCAAGAACAACGCCAACCGAUCAGAGAGCACAGAGAAGAAACAUAACCAGAACUACUUCAUGGAGAUGAUCACUGUGGAAGGGGUGUAUGACUACUUGAUGUUUGUGGGUCGAGUGGUCUUCCGCAUCCCUGAUUGGCUGCACCACCUGCUGAUGGGCGGGAGGAUCCUGUUAAAGAACACCCUGGAGGCGUACACGGACCACUACCUGCAGCAUAAACUAGACAAGGUGUUCCAGGAGCACCGCCUGGUUUCCCUCAUCACCCUGCUCAGAGAUGCUGUGUUCUGUGAAAACAGUGAGCCACGGUCCUUGGCAGAUAAGCAGAAAAGGUCCAAGAAGACCUUUGAGGAGAUGAGGAAAUACAUUCCAGAAUUCCUGGGCAAGUGUAUUGGAGAAGAGGCCAGGUACGAGGGGGUGCGCUUGCUCUUCGAUGGACUACAACAGCCAGUUCUUAACAAACAGUUGACUUAUGUCUUACUGGACCUGGCUCUUCUAGAACUGUUUCCUGAACUGAACAAGCAGCCGGGACAGAAGGAGACUCCUAACAUGGCUCCAUGGAUGUAGCAAGAGGAUGGGGACUCGCUUUAGUCUUUGCUUCAUCUGUUUCAUGUGCAAUAGACUGUGUACAUACAGCACUAAAACCAUUGAUACCGCUACACUUGUGAUCAUUUUUACUGUAAGCUGUGCUUAGCCUGUCAUUUUUUACCAUUGGCAAUUUCCUAAGAUACAGAUUCGUAAAAGUAUAACACUGGAAAAAUGUGUUUGAAGAUAAGCAUGAUUAUGCUAAUAUAAUAUUUAUUGAUAAAAUAAAAAAACAUCCUGAUGUU